CUCGAGGAGAUCGAGUCUCUUUGCAUGCAGUGUGGGGAGCAGGGAGUAACCCGAGUGAUGCUCACAUCCAUCCCGUUCUUCCGGGAAGUGAUUGUGAUGAGUUUCUGCUGCGAACACUGCGGCCACUCGAACAAUGGGAUUCAGUCGGCAGGGAAGAUCAGACAUGCGCAUUCGUUCAUUUCGUUACCUGUCCCUCCUAAUAUUGUGUUUCUGAGACAGGCGAAGGCACUAUGCAUACAGUAA